GGUCCGGUGCAGGCUGCAGGUGUGGCCAUGGGCCCUCAUGCCAGCUCCCUCCUGGUCCUCGUGCUCUGCCUGGCUGAUACCAUCCACAUGCAGAACAGGCUCCUGCUCAAACCCUCCAUCAGGGCCGAGCCGGGACCUGUGAUACCCCGGGGACAGCCUGUGACCAUCGUGUGUGGGGGCCCAGACUGGGCGGAGUUAUUCCGUCUGGUGGAGAAGAACAGAAGAUUAUUCAUUUGGGAUCACAGAAUUGUGUCUCAGCCUGGUUCACAGGGGACCAAGGCUAGAUUCCACAUUGACUCAGUGAAUGAAUUCAGUGCUGGGAGUUAUUUCUGCUGCUACAGUACAGUUUCUGGCUGGUCUGAGCCCAGUGAGCUCUUACACCUGAAGGUGGCAGGGCCCCCCAGCAGCAAGGGUGAGGAGCCAAGGCCCCAGGAGAGGCUCAGCCCAAUAGAUGACAUCAUGGAGAGCCCAGCAGAUGUGGCCACCACAGUGGAUGCACUUCCUGAGGAAAAUGGAGACAUGCACAGCCCAAGUCCUGCUGCAGGAGACCCCCAGGAGGUGACAUAUGCCCAGCUGGACCAGUGGGCCCUCACACGGAGAGCAGCUCACACCGAGUCCCCACAACCCACAGAGCCCACAGCUGAGUCCAGCAUGUCCGUGCAGGCUGCAGGUGUGGCCAUGGGCCCUCAUGCCAGCUCCCUCCUGGUCCUCGGGAUCCUGCCCAAACCCUCCAUCAGGGCCAAGGCGGGACCUGUGAUCCCCCGGGGACAGCCUGUGACCAUCGUGUGCGGGGGCCCCACUCGGGCUGUCACAUUCCGUCUGGAGGAUGAGAACAGAUUUGUCCUUGGGGAUCAGAUUGUGAUGCCUCCACAUGACUCUAACGGGACAGAGGCCAGAUUCCACAUCCCCACAGUGGGUGAUGACACUGCCAGGGGUUAUCACUGCCUCUAUCGCCAAGGGACCUUCUGGUCUGAGCCCAGUGAGAUCCUGGAGCUGAAGGAGCCCCUGGAGACCUAA